UUUCCUUACCAGAGCGUCCUCUUGCAGAAAGUUUAGAACAGCAGUUACUACCAAAGACAGCGCCUUUCAGUGCCACAUUUAUCCACAAGAGAAUAAUAUGUUUUUUCAAUUCCAAUGGCUGGAGAAACUCUUAAAUCAAGGGUGUCCGACCUUUUGGCUUGCCCGUGCCACACUGAGUGAAGAGGAAUUAUCUUGGGCCACGUAUGAAAUAUAUGACACUGUUAAUGUACAUAACAAAAUUUUACACAUAUUUAUUUAUUAAAACACACAAGAAAAGAGAGCAACAGAAAAAAAAACAACUAGUGGAAUAUUUGUCCCAUUGUCGCCUAUGCAAUCCAUACUUGAGUGAUGUGCAGUCAACUCAUGAAAAAGAUUGCUAAAAGUCACAGGAUAAUGCUGCAAGUUCACGAUCUCUUGGGGCUACAUUACUGACUGUCCAGAGCCACAUGUGGCCCAUGGGUUAACAUUUGGACUUGAUGAUCUUAGAGGUCUUUCCAAGCCAAAAGCUGUCACCAAGCAACAGGCUAUGAUAUCACCAGGUCAUGGAUUGUGACUGCAUGGCCCUCACUGCUUCUACUGGGGUACUAGCAGAGCCUGGCUCAGUCUGGCUUGCUCCCGGAUCCUGGCGAGCAACUCUUCGAGGCUUGGAGGUUGAGAGAGACUUUGGGUGUGCUGUGCUGGGCCGUGCCUGUGACUGCUUGCAGCAGCUCCCAGAGCCUGUCCCCACAGCACCACUCGUGUUUCGGUGGCCCUGCCCUGGGGCCCAGUAGAACGUGCCCGCAGCAGCGGAGUGCUUGACACUACCGCUGCAGCACCAGUGAAGGAGAGCCGCUGUGACCCUACGCUCUCCCCAGUCGCAGCACAAGACGACCAUGGCCACAACAGAGGCAUGGAAGUGUCCCAUCUGCUGUGACGUGCGACAGGACGUCGCAUCUGUGACCCCGUGCCGCCAUCGGUUCUGUGUCGGCUGCAUCCAGCGGUGGGCAAGGCUGAGGGCCAGCUGCCCACUCUGCAGGACAGCCAUGAGGACCAUCAAGGUCCCUGUGUGGGGAGGUGGAUAUUACGUAGAGUGUGUCGUCUCCCCACCCGCAGUGCCACUACCUGCCGACUUCCAUCUUGGCACCACCAUUCACCCCAGUGGCACUGCAGCACGUGCUCCAGCCCUUCCACCACAGCCACAGGAGCAGAUGGCCGCAGGGUCGGAGAUGAGGGCGAGGCUGGGUGGCCUCCUGCCGCAGGAGUGGGCGGCACUGUUCAGGGAGCAACGCAGCAUCCUCAACCCCGUGCUGCCCUCCCUGCACCAGAAGCUCUCUGCCAUCCGUGGGAUCCACUGGUGGCAGGUCCGAUCGGCAGAGAGCAUCUUCCUGUGCUGCCUGUGUUGGGUGGGGCCAAACAGGGACGUCAUGCUCGAGAGCAUAGAGCCCAGCUUGGGACCCAUGGCUGCGCCGCUCAUCGACUGGCUCAUCCACACCAUCGUCAGCCGCUGCGGCCGGGAAGCCCGGAGGCUGCACGGCCUCGAGGACGAGGAGGACAGCUACGCGGCCACUUCCCCACAGAGGACCCUCACCCACAGCACCACGCCCUCCAGUGGCUCUGCGGCUUCGGACGCGGAGGAGCUCCCCGGCACAUCCAGCGGGGUCCUUCAUAGGGGUGCUGGUGAGCUCCCCACCGCACCCAGCCCUGGGGAGCAGGAGCAGCCCCGCGAGGAGCCGGGGCAGGAGGCGGCAGGGCCCAGCGCCCAGGGCUGCAGCCACAGCCGCUCCGCUCCUGGCCGCGGCAGGAAGCGCGGCUCUGGGGAGCCCCGGCGCCCCAAGAAGAGGAGGGCCGACAGUGCCCAGGGUGCUCCUCAGCCCUGCAAGAGGCCACCCCCCCAGCGCCGCUAGCAGGGCUGACACUCCUUUGUCAUAAAGUAAAAAAUCAAUAAAUUAAAAUUGACUACUUCACCGAAAAUAGUUCUCCACCA